CUGGACCGGAGUGUCGCGGUGUUCAGUAGUCGUGGUGAACUGGCGUCGGGACGCGCACUCUGACGUUCGCACCCACCGCGUGUUGUUCUCGUACCGCCGUUUCUACCCCCGCAACAGCUGUCACGCCAAUACGGAAAACCAAGAUGCCCAAUUUGGUUCUAGUAGCGGCGCUUUUAGUGGCAGUAGUGAAUCAAAGAAGUUUCGUCGACACCGCUCCCGUUUCCGAAGGGUCUAAUGAUGCUCCAGCAACUUUGCAGGAUUCCAGCGUAAAGGAACUGGAAAAUUUAAAACAUUCUUUAGGAAAAACCCUUGAAAUAAUGAAAUCUCAAUCCGAACACUAUUCAAAUAUCAACGGAAAAAAAGAAAGUCAAACAGCAACAAAUUCACAAGUGAACGAAAACGGAAAGCUGUUGGCAAGGAUAGGUCAGCACGUGUACAGUGAGGCAACCGGUCCCGAUGGCAAACCGGCUACUAAAAUUCGAACUGACGUCGAGAUACCCUCCAAGGGAAUCCACAAGAGUGUUGUUCAACAACUUCAGGACGGGGAUCAGGCACUCACCGAAAAUGGCAACAGAAGGUCCGCCGCCAAUUUGGCCGACAUCCCAAUAGAUACCCAGAAUAUUAUGGAUAAGGUGGACAACAAUUUCGCCACUGUUCAAUAUUCACCAUUGGACAUGGCCGAGUACGUGUUUUGGACCGGAGAUGAGAAAGGCGUCAGUAUGUCCAUUGAGGAGUUUCUACAGGAGGGAUUAAUGAGCCGGGAAGAAGCCAUUUCCUUCUUACAAGAAAUAAAAUACAAUCUGGAAUAUCUAAAAUCCCAUUACAAUCAACUUGGCCUUAGCUCUAGGGAAAAAUCCAAGGAUUUGGAGCAAACGAUAAAGCAAACCUCUAGUGUUGGUAAAGGCCGUGAGGGUGCCUUAUACGAUAGACCGGAAUUGCAGAGUAACUUUGAUAUUAGUCAACUGCGGCAGGAAGCCAACAACAAGAGAAGCUUGGAACAGCAGUCCAUGACACAAGUAAUUCCCACUCUACAUUCCCAGCCCAACGCUGACCAGGAAAAAGUACAAGAUGAGGACUACGAUGAACUCUUGGAACGUUUACGUGUGGCGGAUUUCCUCUACACCGAAUACUCUUUGGAGGAGGUAAUCUACCAGUUGGCGAAGGUAAUGUUCACACAAAGUCUGACAAGAGGCAGCGCAGAUGCACAGCAGGCACUGCAGAAGUUCACAAACUUUCUAGAAAGAGAGGCAGAACAGGGACACAUCUCCCGAUCUCUCGAGAAGAAAGUUUUAGAUGUCCUUAUUGCCGCCCUUUCAGACACACUAACCGAACAUCCAGAGUUGUUAUCCCCAAAUCGCGAGCAAAUCUCAUCUAUAGCGGAGAACCAACAGCAUUACGUACGACAAAUGCUUGAACUAAGCCCCGAAGAAAAAUUAUCUAUUAGAAACUCGUUUCAGUAUCAGACACAAGCAAGGAACAAACAACUCCAAGAUGAACUUAAAACUACCAAAAUCGGCACGCAUGUACCUUUAGGAAUCGGAAAAUAUAAGAAUCCUUAAGCGGAUGUAACAUAAUUUAAAUCUAUAUCAAGUAUAUAUGUUAAUAUACGUAAUUAUUUUGUUAUUUGGAUUUUAUUUCAUUAGCAAAUUUUACUGCUGGUUCUAAAAUUAAUUAACAUGUAAUAAAAGAAUUAUUGUUUAUAAUUAAUUGUACUGUAUGAAAAUUGUAAUCAUUCACAUAGUUCAUCAAAAAUAUUUAUUAAUUUUCCGGAAAUUUUUAAUUAUUUUGGUAUUUAAUCAAGGAAGGUUUGUU